AUGUCUCCGGCGGCGCCGCCGCUGGAGGACGAAAACCUACUCGCCGAGAUCCUCCUCCGCCUCCCUCCGCUGCCAUCCACCCUCCCCCGCGCCUCCCUCGUCUGCAAGCGCUGGCGCCUCCUCGUCUCCGACGUCCGCUUCUUCCGCCGCUUCCGCGAGCACCACCGCCACAGCCCUCCCCUCCUCGGCUGCUUCGUCGAGGGCGACCGAUGCGUCUCGUACACGCCCACCAUGGAUCCCCCCCAUCGCGUCCCCGGCGAGCGCCUAUCACUGCAGCUCAACGAGAGCUGCCACUCCUGGGUCCUCGGCUGCCGCCACGGCCUCGUGCUCAUCUCCCCCAACUCACGGAAUCACGUCCUGGUGUGGGACCCCGUCACCGGCGAGCAGCACCGCAUCGCUUUUCCCCCAGGGUUCGUCGGGGUCGCGAACUCGAUCCACGGGGCGGUGCUUCGCGCCGCCGGCGAGGCCCGCCACUUCCAGGUGAUCUUGGUAGGGGUUGGCGGACAAGACAAGCAACACAUGCGAUUGCUCGCCCGCGUUUACUCGUCGGAGAAAGGCGUCUGGGGUGCUCUCAUCUCACCACUGAUUCCAUUCGAGGGAUAUACUACUAGGGGUAUUUUCGCCAUCUAUUUUCGGGGCUUCUCGGCUCUGAUGCUUGGGAAUUCCCUUUACUGGUGCCUUGGCGGGCGUUCGGACGCAAUUCUCGAGUUUGAUUUGGAGAGGCAGAUCCUAGAUGUGAUCCGACUACCACCAUGUCUGUCUGAAGUGGAUCUCCUCCAGUUCGCGGUUAUGCGGGCUGAGGGUGGUGGACUGGGUUUACUCUCCAUAUUAGGCUUCACCGCCCAAUUAUGGAAGAGAAAGACUGAUUCUCACGGUGUUGCUUCAUGGGGAUGGGAAGAACUAUUGAACUGGACAAGCUACUAUCCCUGA